AUGUACUAUCAAAAUAAUAAUGUUGAAGAUUAUGAACAAUCAUUAAAUCAAGCACGUAUAUCACUUCUUAAUUCAACAUUUGAUCAAUUUUGGAUUCAAUCAGAAAAAUCUUCAAUAAUUAAAAAUCAAAAUUCAAUAACAAAAUUACAAUCAUCAUGGUAUAAUGAUAUAAAACAACAAUAUAGUAUUAUUUUUCUUAUAUUUAUUAUUAUUUUACUUCUAUUAUUUUCUCUUCCUUUUAUUAUACGUAUACAAUAUCAUGCAAAUCGUUAUCUUCAUCAAUGUUCAUCACUUGCAUGUAUAUCAACAUCACAUCGUAUUAUAGAAAAUUUAAAUAUGAAACAAAAUCCAUGUAAAAAUUUUUAUUCAUAUGCAUGUGAUGGAUGGAUAAAUAAUCAUUUUUUAACACCAAGUGAAACAUCAAUAAGUUAUUUUAAAGAAAUUUAUAAGAAUAAUUUAAUUAUUUUAUAUAAAAUUUUAAAAGAUAAUUCUUCAAAUACAAAUUCAAUAACAAGAAAAAAAUUGAAAAAUUUUUUUAAUACAUGUAUGAAUACAACAAAUAAUGAAAAACUUACAAGAAUAACUGUUAGAAAUAUUCUUCAACGUGUUGGAAAAUCAAUAUUAUUAUUUAAAUAUUGGUCAAUAAAAAAUUUUAAUUUAGUUACAAGUCUUAUUUAUACACAUGAACAUAAAAUUAAUCCAUUUUUUCGUAUAAGUAUUAUAAUUGAUGAUAAAAAUAAUAAUUAUUAUUGUAUUUAUUUUGAACAAUCAGGUUUAUCAUUUAAUGAAAAAUUUCGUUAUAAUGAUAAAAAUAUACGUUAUUUAUUUAAUAAUUUUGGUACUAAAUUAAUAAAAUAUCUUCAUUCAUUUUUAUCUGAAUAUAAAAUAUCAAAACAAAUUGAUGAAAUAUUUCUAUUUGAAAAACGUUUAUCAUAUAUAUUUGAAAUAAAAAAUUUUCAUAAUCCAUUACAAUUCUAUCAUAUACAAACAUAUGAACAAAUUCAACAAUGGUUUUCAUCAUGGUUUGAUAUUGAAAAUUAUUUAGAAAGAAUUUUUCAUAAAGAUAAAUCAUUUUUUUAUAAUCAAACAUUUCUUAUAACAACACCAGAUUAUUUUGAAAAAUUAAAACAAUUAAUAGAAAUAACACCAAAAUAUAUUUUAGCUAAUUAUAUAACAUUUCAAGUUAUUCAAGAAUUAUUACCUUAUAUGUCCGAAAGUUUUAAUCAAUUUAAAAGACCUUUAAUAGCAUAUUUAAAAGGUAUUAUAGAAGAAAAACAAUUAUGGGAAAUUUGUGUUAAAAGAACAGAUGAUGCAUUUGGAUUUGCUACAGGUGCUCUAUUUAUUUCAAAAGUAUUUGAUGAAAAAAAUCAAGAAAAAAUAAAACAUAUUGUUGAAGAAAUUCGUUUAACAUUUAUUGAAACAUUACCAUAUAUUAAAUGGAUGGAUUUAAAAACACGUCAACAAGCACAAAUCAAAGCACAAAUGAUUAUUGAUAGACUUGGAUAUCCUAAAUGGUUUGAAGAUGAAAGAAAUAUUGAUCGAUAUUAUCAAGAUUUAAAUCUAUCAUCGACUAAUAAUCCUAUUAUUAAUGUAAUGUUAGUACGAAAAUUUCAAAAAAACCAAAAUUUCAAAAAACUUGGUCAACGACCCGAUAUUGAAGAAUGGACAAUGACACCUAUUGAUGUCAAUGCAUAUUAUGCACCAUGGAAAAAUAUGAUUGUAUUUCCAGCUGGCAUUUUACAAACACCAUUUUUCGAUGCUAAUAUUCCUAUUUCACUUAAUUUUGGAUCAAUUGCAUCGAUCAUUGGUCGUAAUGGUCGGUAUUUUGAUGGUUACGGAAAUCUAAACAAUUGGUGGCAAAAAGGAUCAGCUCAAAAUUUUGAUGAACGUGCUCAAUGUUUUAUUGAUCAAUAUACUCAAUAUCGUGUUGGUAAUAAACAUAUCAAUGGAUUAUUAACACUCGAUGAAAAUAUUGCUGAUAAUGGUGGUUUACGAAUUGCAUAUGCAGCUUAUAAACGCUACUUAAAACGUCAUCAUUUACUAUCAAUUGCAUAUUUAAAACAUCAUCAACAGCAACUUUUACCUGGUCUUAAUUUAACUGAUGAACAAUUAUUUUUUAUUGGUUUUGCACAAACAUGGUGUGCAAAAACAACACCUGAAAUGGCCGAAGCAGCUUUAGUUACCGAUACACAUGCUCAUCCAAAAUAUCGUGUUAUUGGUUCUUUAUCGAAUAUGCCAGAAUUCUCGAAAGCAUUCAAAUGUCCAAAAGGAUCUCCAAUGAAUCCCGAAAAACGAUGUCAAAUAUGGUUAGAUGUAAAGAGAUGA